UAAACGCAAACGCAUAUCCCUUAUAUAACAAGCUGUAGGGCAACCCCCCUCUGGCCUCCCUAUAAAUAGUACCUUAACUUUAGGCCACUUCAUCCUCUCUCUCUCUCUCUCUCUCUCUCUCUCUCUCUCUCUGAGAAACAAAUUAAACACGAUGGAUUUGGCAGCCAAGUGUCUUGCUAUUGCAGUGGUUCUGCAAAUCGCGAUAUCGAGCAAUGGAGUGAUGGGCGUUGAGCCGUCGGAGACGAAGAUGAGUCGGAGCCUCGUAGCGGUGCAAGGCGUCGUCUAUUGCAAAUCUUGCAAGUAUGCCGGCGUCGACACUCUCUUGGACGCCUCUCCUCUUCAGGGUGCGACAGUGGGGCUAGCGUGCAACAACACGGAGAAAGGGCUAACAAUGGAGUCGAAAACGGACAAGAACGGAUACUUCCUUAUGCUCGUCCCGAAGAAGAUAACGUCGUACGCAUUCCACAAGUGCCGAGCCACGCUUGUAAAGUCGGCGGAGAAUUCAUGCAAGAUUCCGUCGCAGCUCAACAACGGCACCACCGGAGGAUUCCUCAGGCCGUCACAGCCCAUCACCGUCGGAAAGGUCUCCUACGUUCUUUACACCGUCGGACCCUUCGCCUUCGACCCUUCCUGCCCUCGUUGAUCUUUCCUUUUUUUCUUACCCCUUUCUUAAUUCGGUUCAUGACCCAAGCUUUCGAUAUAUUCCUGUUAUGGUUUGGAUUUGAGUUUGAUGAGUAGUGAGCUUUUGUCAUGUUCUUCAAUCGUUUGAGCAUUUGACUUCGUUUCUAUGGGGUUUUGUUUCAUUUUAGUAUGGAUUAUGGUCCGAGUGAUCUGUGGACAUUA